CGGCGCCCUGCAGGUUGACUGCGCCGGUGGCGGACGUUGUUAACCCGGGCCACGACCGAUCCGGAAAAUGGGAGCAGGGCUCACAGUCUGAGUUGAUGGAAGCUGAAGCAGCAUGGCGGCGCACAGAGUCCUCUCUGCAGUGUGGACCUAAAAAGAUGAUCUUGAAAGUCACUGGACUUGAGGCUGCAAACUUGGAACUCAACCUUGGCACUGGACGUAACCUCCCUUUAAGCGAGCUGUCGGAAUCUUGUGGCUAUUUGCUUCAUCAGAAUGCGCUUGGCCUUGUCUUGGUUGUCCCCUAUGAUGGCUGUAAUGUGAUACAAGAGAAUGGAUAUUACGUGCUGCCAAUGAGCUUUCUGGAGACAUCAGUUACACUCUCCUGCCCCAUAGCUCCCGCUUUGACCCCCCAGGAUCCCUUCCCUCGAAUUCCCCUAACUAUAGACCUGUCCAAGCGUGAUGCGGACCAGGCUUCCUCUAGCAAUGAUCCCUACCAUCAAUACCAGCACUAUCACAACUAUUUAAAGUACCUCUACUACUUGCAUAUCAUAAACAAUCCCCACAUGUAUCCUUUUGUACAUCGCACUUACAAUCCCCUGUACCAAAAGUCAGAGCCUCUUUCUCACGGCUAUCCGCAUCUUCCAGUGCAUUAUCCACUCUAUGCACGCUAUCAACAGAACCCCGCUGCUCCCUAUUGCCACCCACCUGGAGCGCUUUGCCCUUUGCCGCAUUUUCCACCAUAUUACCACCAUUAUCCCCAUCAAUCUCCCCCAAAGCAAGACAAAACGGUGGAUCCUACCAAAGCACCAACGAUGUUUACAACAAAGCCUACUCCUCUGGCCACCACCCAGAUCCCCACUAGAAAACUGUGUAGAAGUACUACGACUGCUGCUGCUCCUACAACUCGGACUAUGACUACUACUACUACCACCAUUAAACAACGCUGUAGACCCAGAACCCCACCACAGAGUAAGAAACUCACACCUUACUCCAACAACCCCUUUGCACAAGAGAUCUUGUACACCGAAGGCAGUCCAUUUCCAGGCGAUCCUAAAGGCGCACCUCACGCUGGUUCCAAUUCUGGACCACUCCUGAACUACCAGGACUGGCAACACGAGCCAUGGUUUCCCCAAGAGGAGGAUGAAGGCAUUCCCUUUGACUGGGAUGAUCUUGAACCGUAA